AUAUUUAAAGCGUCAUUGGGCUUCAUUUUCAGCGGUAUUGAUUUUUUAGUAUAACAUAGACGUUCGUACUCAUUUAAACGUAAGGUAAUAAAAUUUUUAAAUCUCACCAAUCAUCGGAUAGCCAAGUCAUAAAUGCACAGAAUUUUUUAUUUAUUUAACCAACUAUGAUAGCGCUUACACACGUCCAACGUGUACGAAUGUUGUAUAAAAUGAUUUUGAGGUUACAUCGUGGUUUACCAACAGAAAUUCAAGCCCUUGGAAAUGAAUAUGUUCAUGAUGAAUUUAGGAGACACAAAACAUGCAAUCCCACUGAAUCGCAUAUCUUUUUAAACGAAUGGACGGAUUAUGCGUUGUCGUUAGCUAAACAACUCGGAUUGCGAGGACCACAGACAUCAGAACCAAUAGGAAAAAGUUUAAAGGAAGAAGAUUUUGAUAAAUUAAGGGAUGAACAAUUACAUCAAUUAUAUGAAUUAAUGGUAGCAGCAACAGGAAAAUCUGAAAAUAAAUUUAUUUCCAAAGAGGACGUACAAAAUUGGCAAUCCAAAGUACAUGAUGAUGCUACAGAAUUCUAUACAAUGUGCGAAAAAUUAAAGUGUUAUCCAGAUUUAUGGUCUUUACACGAAUGGAGCAAUUGGUUAACCCCAACAUACUUUACUACAAAACGUUAUGAUACUAUUUUCUAUAUAGCUUGUAUGCCAUUGAUGCCAUAUUACAAUUAUGAAACUAUUGAAAUGGAAGACGUAAAAUGGGAUACACCAAACAAUAUAUGUGCAGCUACAGAUAUGAUGAUGGCUCCACCACAGCAUUAUGAAAUUUCAAGAAUCGUCAAGUUUGAGUGCUUGGAAAAUUUAUUGGAUUUUGCAAUAGAGAGGAGUAAACUUGGAGUAGAAUUAUAUUUACCGAUCAGGGUAUUGUUAAAAGAUGGAAAGAUGCAUGUCUUACCAGGAGAUUGUAUGUAUCCUAAAAAUCCAAGUUUAACAGAAAAACAAAUAAUCGAUAAAACAAAUAUGACAAUUGCCGAAUUCGAAGAAAUAUCAACCAUAAAGAACAGAAUUAUAUUUUUUGAUCUUGAAGUUAAGAAGGUUAUAGUUCAUAAUUUUGAUAGUAUAGAGGGUCAUAUAGCACCAAUGCCUGUCGAAGUUGUUUAUAUUAAAUCUUUGGAUAAAAAAUAAUAAAAUAUUUUCUAAAUGUAACAUUUUAUCUAUUCUGUAUAAUUUUGCUUUAAAAAAUAUAUAUAUAUAUAUAUAUAUAUAUAUAUAUAUAUAUAUAUAUGGAGCAGAGUAUUUAAAACGUCCAACAGGUUAGCCUAUAAGAAUUGAAAGGCAUAGGUUCAUAAUUUGUACACUAGGUAGCGCUUCGAUAUGUCGUAAGUUUAGUACGUACAUACCUGCCUCUAUCAUUUUUGUCCUCGAAGAUACUAGCGCCAUGUUUGUCGCCAUAUUGAAAGGUUCUUUCUUGUGAGUUUUCCGUAAGGACGCACGUGAAGGUUUCAAAAUGUCGUCGCAUCUAAACUGGAUGAUAAUUCGUAACAAUAAUGCGUUUCUUUUGAAGAAA